AUGGCUGAGGUCCUGACUGCCCCCUUUAUCCUGCGCAUUUUCACACUGCCUUAUACCGAAAACGCUCCACUGCCAAAGGCCAUGGUCGAUGGUUUGAAAGACAAGGCGCCAAUGUUUUAUGCGUGGGCUCAAGCCGUCAUGAAGCAUCCAUCUGUAAGCGGUAUCUAUAACAGAGAUGGUUGUGCAGCCGAGAUGCGUAAUCGACGAGCCAAGGCUCCUGCUUUGGCUUGA